ACUAAUGAAGGAACUUCAGAAAUAUGCUUUUGUCAAGCAUUUUAACAAAUGAAGGAAAAGAAGUUCUCAUUUCGAAUUGGCCGUCUAGUUGAUUUUCUUCUGAGGAUGAUAAGCAUGGAUUUGGUUUAAUGAGAUAAAUAUAUUAGUAACAUCAAUCAUUUAUGAUUCCAGAUUUUCGGACAAUCUGUCCAUUUCCUUAUUUUUCAUAUAUUUACUACAAACUGGUUCUUUUUUUAAAAAAAAAAUUCAGUUUUAAUUAUUCAGUAUUAUGGGUUUUUUCCUCCCAAUAAGAAAUUGGGUUUUGCAGACAUUAACAUUCCUCCCUGUGUCAACAAAGCAAAACUUCACAGCUGUGUAUAGGCGUUUUACUUCUACUACCCUGUGUAGAUGGGCAGAGUCGAUAGAUUCUAAAGCAUUUCAUCCAGAAAUGAAAAUAAAAGAUAGCAGUAUGAUGAAGAAAAAAACUGGUAAAAAUAGAUUUCCCCCAAAGCCUUUCAGUGCAUUUGCUGCUGGAUCAUCCAAGAUGAGGGCAAUAUGCAAUACAAAUAAUGCAGUUGCAAAUGAUUCUCCUAGUCCUUUGAACAUAGUCUCUCCUCCGGAUACACCUUUGAGUGCCAAGGAAUGGGAGAAAUUAAAAGAAGAAUAUCAACACUUUAAAAAAUUUGAAAAUGUUAUGUUUGAGAGCAUGAUAACUAAUCAUAGCCCAGUAGAUGUGGCUAAAUCCUUGCUGGUUGCAAUAGCUAAACGUGAUGGAGACAUUGAAUAUAAUUAUUUGGUGAUGUACUUGGCUAUAUGUGUUUUUCAUAAGGACAUAGAAGAGAUUUAUGACAUCUAUAAUAUUAUGAAAGCCAAAUAUAAAUCUUUAGAAGCAUCAGCUUAUUCUUUGCUCAUCAAAGGCUUGAGGGAUUCCCCACACUGGAAAGAGACCUUGGUACUACUGGAAAAAGUUAAAAAAGUCUCAUUCCAUUCAAAACAAAAUUAUGGAGACUGCAUUGAGGGUGCGCUACUCCACCAAGAAAGAAACCUUGCAUUUGAGUUGUUUCAUGAGAUGGUAGCUGAAAAUCUGACUCCUGCUUUGACAACAAUAAAGCUUUUCUUCGACUUUUGCCAGCCUGUGAAGGAUGACCAUUUGAAAAACAAAUGUACUGAUAUCCUCUACUACUUAAGAAAUCAUCAAAUUUAUCCUGACGAAUCUCUCAUGCUGAGCAUAAAGCAGUGGUUUGAAAGUAUUCCAGGGGAAAACUGGAAAGGAAAUUUAACAAGCAUGAAUAACAGUGGGCAGUGUCCAUCUUGUGGUCACUUUUUGGAAGAUAUUAAUCUGAGUGAAGAAGAAUACAUCAAUGUCAAGGAAAAAAUAAAAAGGGAUGUGAUUGAAGGCACUGAUGUAUUUCGAAAUACAUCUCCCCAGGAAUUAGAAAGUUUUCAAAGAUUUAUGAAUGAACAUCCCCCUUUUGAUGUUGUGAUUGAUGGCCUCAAUGUUGCCAAGACAACCCUUCGGAAUCCUUCAUCUAAAACUUUGCUGGAUGUGGUCUUCUACCUAGCACAGAAGUAUCAUCGAUUACUUGUUCUCGGCCGUAGACACAUGCUGAAACAUUCAUUUCAAUGGAAAAAAAGCGACAUGGAUGCCAUGCAGAAGAAAGCAGACUUCUUCUUUACUGAUAAUAUGUCUAAAGACGAUCCAUUUCUGCUGUAUGCCACUUUUCAUUCAGGUGGUCACUGUAUGAUAGUAACUAGAGAUCUAUUACGGGAUCACAAAGCUGUUCUUUCUGAUAGUGUUACUCGUCGCUUGUUUUUUAAAUGGCAACGUGGACAUCAGAUGGUGGUGUCAAGCUACGUACCAGGAAAGAUAUUAACAUUUGAGGAUGCUUUGCCUUAUGAUACAAUUGUGCAGACUGAUGGUAACACAUGGCAUAUUCCCUAUGAUGACAACUUGUCCAAUAGAGCUUCUUUUGAAAUUCCAGUAAAGUGGCUCUGUCUUCAGAAGAAAUAAACGAUGCUUUUUUUGUUCAAAAUGUAUGCAUGGCACCUUUAUUUCAAAUAAAUUUCAAACAAAC